AUGCCUGCAGUCACUCGAGCCCGAGCAAAGAAGACGGACAACCCGCCAUCACCAGCGAAGAAUGGUCUGAAGGAACCACCGCGCCGAGGGAGGAAGAGGGCUGUCGAAGAGCCCGCCCCAGAACCGGAGAAGAAGAAGAAGACUGCGUCAGCAGUUGCUGAACAGAAGAAGGCGAACGAGCCGAAAUCAGUUACGGCUCCGACAGCGGCAUCCACUGCGAAGAAGUCGUCCAGCGCAACCGCGAAGAAGUCGGAGACGAACAAGAUCACAAUCACAACCAGGUCGACUAGGGCAGGGAAAGCAUCCAAAACUGCCAAAGCAAGUGAGCCCGUGGCAAAAACCAAGAACAUCAUAGAAGAAGUGCCAGAGAAGAGCGAGGAAAUGGCUCCACCUCUCGCAAAAGGGAGCAAGAUUCCCGUCGCAACACCAAAGAAGUCCGCCGACACCGCGCCAUCGAAGAGCGCUAGCCCGUUGGUAGAGAUUCAGAACGUCAAUAUUAAAGCGAAGACACAUUUUGCAGAGAAAGCAGCGAAUACGGCUACACGGGGACCGGAGACAGACGCAAGGGAAAACCACCAUCAUCUCGUCUUAUUGGAGAAUAAGAAUGACGCAGUCCACUCGAAGUCCUCAAGUGUUUUACCGCACAACAAGACACCCUUCAAGUCAUCUUUACUCCUGCAGUCGGCCCGUAAAGCGCCUGCCGCAUCACCGCUGAAGCUCCCACCGAAGACUCCUGGGAAGCUCGAUGGUUCAGCCGACCCGAUGCAGACCUCCUCGCUCCUGCAAUGUUCGCCGCGCAAAGUACCGGUGGAAGCCACUCCAGUGAGAGCAGCUGGCGGAGAAUCGCAGAUGAAGACCUCUCUACUUCAGCAAAGCGCGCGCAAAGCUCCAAUUGCGGCUGCAUGCUCGACGAAGCACUCUAGUGAGAAUAUCCAGCAAGAGUCACUUCUUAGGGCGUCACCGAAGAAGGCCCCAACUGAGAGCACGCUCUUCGCCGCAUCGCCUACUAAGGGUGGAAGCUGCAAUUUCGACGGCAAUAUGUCUCUUAUCCAGGUGUCGCCACGUAAAGCACCACUGGACUUCCAGCCAAGCGCGACUUCACCGACCAAGGAUGAAAAGACCCCGUUUCACGGCAAGACCUCGUUACUGGGCACCUCAGCCCGCAAGAUGCACCUAAGAUCACCAUUGAAAUUGAUGCCUCCGCCGGCUUUUAACCUCCCUUCUCCAAUCGCUGAGCAGGAGCCCACUACUCCUACGCACAAGUCGCCUCAUCACCAGAGAACACCGACAGAGCCACCAGCAGCUCCUACGACCACGCAGGCGAUUGAGGAAGAACUCUUGCAGUACCAGUCACCUACCGUCUCACCAUUGAAGCUGGAGUCCCUCUUUGGAACGCCAGCAGCUACUCCAGGACAGAAGAAAGAGAUGGAGCUCGGCGCAAUGUUGUACUCACUCGCAACCGGAUCAUCUCGGAAGGCGAGAAAAGACAACGACUCAGAGAUAGCAGAAUCUGCGCCUUACACCCCAGUUACUCCGUCACAGAAGAUGCCGGCAAGGUCUACCGAGCAGGCGGAGGAACUGGAUUCCGUCAUUGACUUCUCCGCGACGAAGCGGAUACCAGAUCUGCCUCCACUGCCACCGAGUACGCCGUCAAGAGUUGCGCAACAAGCGGCGAUGUUCGAGGAAGCCAUAGCAAUGUCUGCAAGAGGAGCUAGAGCCUCAAUGAACGACCUGCUAGCCUCAGCGCGCAAGCCUGCUCUACUCAGCGACAGCCUUGCCCAGCCGCUUUCACCAACGAAAUCAGCUCUCCGCUCGCCUCAGAAGUUCGGCUCGCCCAAGAAGACGGUGACUUGGACUUCCGAAGAGCCGAUCUGCGAAGAGCCACCCCAAGCCGGUCCGGAUGGCAAUCUGAUUUCAGACUGCGUCUUCUAUGUUGAUGUGCGCACCGUCGAAGGCGCCGACGCCGGCGAGUUCUUCAUCCCUCUGCUGGAGGAGAUGGGUGCGACUGUUGUGCCCCAGUGGACAAGCAACAGCGACCCAGUCACACACGUGCUGUUCAAGGACGGCGAGCAGAUGACGCUGGAGAAGGUGGUAGCGAGCAACGGGGCUGUCAAGUGUGUUAACAUUGCUUGGCCGAUUGACUGCGAGCGCUUCAACCACCGCGUCUCUGAAUCCGCCUACCUGAUUGACCUCACUCACAUCCCCGGCCAACCCCAACCCCCCGCCACCCCGCGUCGCUCCACCCGCUCCCGCCCCAGCACCCCGCUCUCCGACAUAACCCUCAAGCUCCCCAUCAACACUCCCGCCCCCAGCACGCCCAAGUCCGCAGCGCAGUCAGCCCAGAUGCAGACGCCCGAGGAAAAGGAGAACGUGCCGACGCCGGAUAUCCUCAAGUCAACAAAGACGACCUACUCGCCGACGACGCCGUAUUUUUUGCACCCGGAGGCAUUGGAGCAGAAGACGUGCCCGGCGAAGCAGGAGGGGAAGAACCUGUUUGGAGAAGAGGAGUUGGGAGAGGAGAAGACGCCGUUUAAGCAGCGGUUGUUGAGGGCGAAGGCGGGGAGGAUGAGUAUGUUUCCUGCUGUUGGUGGUGCGGGCAGAGGGCUAUUCUAG